UCUAAUGGGAAAGCUAAGCUUGAUAUACAACACGGAGAGUAUAAGUCCGUAUCCUGUGUAAAUAUACUACAUUUGCAGUAAAUACAAUUACAUAAAACGCAUUUUAUUUUUGUUUUCAGUUCCUUUGUGAUUUUAAACCGCAGCUAAUAAACUGAAAUAUCAGUCAAGAUCCGACAAGACAGUGAAAUUUCACAGCGCAAAGGAGAAAUUAACAUGGAUGAAAACAUGGAAAAUCGUGGGAGAAGCGAAGAUCAAGAUAAAACAAAGCUGACUUCGCAGAUACAAAAUGAGACAUUCGAGCCCGUGGCAGACUUUAAUGAUAAAGCAGGGGACGGGGAUCCUUUGCAAUGUGUGCAGGUAUCGGCUUCUGUUUUGGCGUCUGUUGAGGUGGACAGUGUCGUGGAUAAACCAUCCCAAACGCUGGAGGAGGAGCAGAAAGAACGGCUCGAUCCCGAUCAGCAAGACCGUAUGCUGAACGACGAGGCUACACUGUUUACUGAUGUGGGAAACACAACCGCCACGGUGAAGAUAAUGUUCCUGCCAGAUGGGCAUAUGAUGACCAUAGCUUUUGCUAUUGGGCUCACCAUUCAGGACCUCAAGGAGCAUUUUUCAAAUGAACUUAAAGUGCCACCUGAUGUCAUCCAAAUUUUACUUAAUGGUGGCAUCACUGAAAAUAACAAAACUCUCAUUAGCUUGGGUGCCCAGCCUCAUGGUACUAUUCAGCUGGAGAUGUCUUCCAUUGACCCUGAAAAACACCCAAUACGGCCUCUCAAACCCCAGCCAGAGUACAGCAUGUCCGAUGUCAUUACCGUCAGGGUCCAAAAAGACACAGACCUGGUGGCCUAUCAGGACGUGGUGGUGGAAAUAGUGCGAGCGCCACACAGGAAGGCCUUUGUGGGAGGGUACCGGCAUCGCAUCACAGGGACAGUCUUCCAUCACGCUGCAGUGCAGACUCUGCCCAGGCAAAGGCCGGACCGGGGGGUGGAGACCUUCUGUCGUGACACACAGACAGUGGAGACAAAGAGUCAGUCUCAGCAAUGCUUCAACAACACAUCAACACAAAUGACCAAAAUUGGCUGCUAUAUGUCCAACAUGGAGGACAAACUCAUUUCACCUGGAGUUUACAUCACUGCCGAUGAAUACCACAGCAGGAGACUGAAAGCGGUUGUGGUUCUGCAGAAGCACGUGAGACGCUGGCAGGCGAAGCGUUUCACAGACCAGCUCCGACGUGAGAAGGAACACCAUCAGGACUGGGUGAAGAAAGAGGAGGUGAGGCGAAAGCUAGAGAAGGAGGAGAAGAUAAAGGCUGAGCAUCAGAGGAGGAUGAAUCCAGCCACCGCUGAAGACUUUGAACUGCUGUACUACUCUGUGGAAAGGUGGAGGCAGCAGGAGGUGCAGCACAUCGAUGCCACACUCUCAGGGCCGGAGCGCAAGGCCGCCCUCUGUGCGCUCCUGGACCAGGAGACCCAGUUCCUCUUUUCGGUUGAGCAGCAUCGCACGGCCGCCAGACAGAGGAACCAGCAGAAGGCUGUGCAGGCCCUCUUGGACAAGUGCGCUGCCCCCAAGAGGUGGCAGGCGUUUGACGGACGGAUGACCCUCAUGGACACGCAGCACACCAUCCGGGCCCAGGAGCUGAGAGACCUGUACAGCAGUGUCAAUGUACAGAAUGUGAAAAGAGAGGAGAGGCUGAACGCACUGCUUUCUGUCAAACACACAGUCAAGGAGCAUGACUGUAAUCUGACACGGGACAUCGUGGAGCUGAUUGACAGGGAAACGGAUCUUCUGACGAGAGGCGUUAAGGAGGCCAACCUAGGUGGUCUGAGGAAGAGGAUCUCAACACUCUUCCUCCAGUAUAUUAAAACUCCUGCCUUCAACCCUGAGGUUUCCAGACUCCUGAAAGUCCCGCAGGACCUGGCUCAGAUGAAGAAGGACUUUGUCUUCUGCCAAGGCUGCAGCAGCCACCUGCCGCCCGCAGACUUCCCGCUGGAGUACAGUGCACGCACAGCAGGACGCUGCCGUCGGUGCACGCGGCUGGACAAUGAGGCACGCCGCCGCGUGGACCUCUCCCUCCACCGGAGCAUCCUCAGAUGUCUGCAGCAGGACGAGGUCUCCCGUAACAGGGACUCCAAGAUCCCCUUCCUGCUUCAGGAGCAGGACCUACGCUACCUGGUGGAUGUGGUGUGGGGGGCCCGGUCAGCCCUCAGCACGCAGGACGACAUGCACGACCUGGCGAUGGUGCGCUGGGAGCCGCUCCGCGACUGGAGUCCCUGGAACUGCAUCCUACUCACCACGGAGGAGGCCAGCGCUCAUCAGAAGGUGGAGCACCUGGAGAAGGCAUACGGGGUGGUGUUCAUGUGCAGCGUUAAGCAGAAGCACAUGCUGGCCCAGAAGUACUUCUCCAAAAUCCCAGCCAUGGCCCAGUUCCUGCAGAGCACCAGCCCCCAGCCAGGUGCCCAUGGCGACCUGCUGGUAACCAAACCCAUCACUGUAGAGACCAAGUGACUACAGGGCAGCACCCAGCCCAUCACAACUACCCACCCCCCGAGACUGAACGAUCAUAUUAAAUCCUGCACCCUUUGGGCUAUGAUACCAAAUUGAAAAAAUAUAGACAUUUUUUUCCUGAUGUUCUCAAAUAUAUCUAAAAUAUCCCUAACAUGUUUAUGGAUUAAAAAAUGCUGCGGUGAGGUAAAGGAAUCUUGUUUUAUAGUACGUCGAAUAGUAAUCCGAAAUAUAUUACAACAGGUUAUACUGAGAAGCCACCAGUAGAGGGCGGUAACACUAUAUGGAGGAAAUCCGCGGAUUGAAUGAUUCGGCACGCGUCCGUAUUUUUCCGGAAUCGUACCGUGUUGAGGAAAAAAACUGUCCCCCGUUCUGGACACAACGUUUACCAUAUUUUCCUCUUCUUUCCUCUUUUUUAUCAGGGACAAAUUUUAUAAUUGGGGACACACGAAAAUCGAAUCCGCCAUCAUUUUUUAUUGGUCACAAAAUGUACGUUGUUUUCCCAAAAGCACGCAAAAUGAUAGUGGUACAUGAACGUGCAAGAGGAGAUGUGUCCUUAUUGCUAUAAUGUUUCUUCUGUGAAAAGGUCUGGCAUUAAAGUUUUUUUGUAUGAAAUUUCUCACGUUACUUCACAUUCCAGGGAAAGCGCUGAAUACUAUGAAUGUUUUCAUAAGAACUGGCUUUUGAACAGUAUCAGUGCCACUAGAAUGAAAGUAUGGCAAUCAAAAACAAUUCAUUUAAUUUUUUUCCAAGCAUAAUUAGUAGAUAAUUGAUGCUUCUGACAAAAAGCUGUGUGACCUUGAUUUGAUAUUGUGUUCUCAAUUUUAAACGUCUGAAACUUUAAAGCAAACUACAGAACUGUAAUUUUUAUUAUAGGGAUAAGGGAUUUUCUCUAUUUAGAAAAAUCAAUAGCUACAUAAGCUCAACAAACCUCUGUAUACAAAACCACAACAUUUAUUACUUAACUGCCCAGCAGUACUGUGAAUCUGCAAAAAAUGUAGAGCUUAGGGGUUCAGUGAUAUCUGUUUGCUUAGAUUGCUGUUGUUUGAAAAUAAUAACUAAAAAAGAUCUUUGUAGGGUGUUAGAAAGACCUGGGUUUCAGUGAGGGAGCCUAUUACAUUUUACUCUUGAUAGAUUUGACACCCCACCAAAACAGGAUAAAAUACACUAAAGAUUUUACAGUAACUUUAUUUGAGGGGAUAUUAAUAAUGUAGUACUACACGCAUGCUUAAUGAAUUAAUUAACCAGUAACUAAGUGUUUGCUCAGUACUGAUCCCAUGUUCAUUCAUCAUUAAUAAAUCAUGACAGUUCAUGUAUAUCAUGGGAAAACCCAUAUUAGUUCAUGAUUUAUUCUUGAGUAGUAAAUGAGUUAAGUAAUUUUUGCCACCUCAAGUCUUACCAUUAUUACCUAAUUAGUUAACUGUUAACGAACCUGAAUGGAAUACAUGAACUAUCAUGAUUGAUUAAUGAUGAACAUGCAUGGGAUCAGUAUGAAACUAACACUUGGUUAAUGGUUAAUUGAUGCAUUAAUAUACUACUACAUUAUUCAUGUCCCCUCAAGUAAAGUGGCCGAUUUCAUUUGCUAUAAAUAACAAAAUAUCAACGUGCUUUUAGUAAAUUUAAAAAGAAUAUUUACUUGUUAUAAUGUAUGGAAGGCACUGGUAAUGUAAGGAAGCCAUGCUUCUUUUUUUCCAUUUCAAGUGUUUUGGCUGAAUAAAGAAAGGGUUGUCAGUGUU